AUGGAGAAUAUCAUUGAUCAGAUCAAAUCGCUAGCACAAGAUGCGGACGAGGCCGGUCGGAGGAAGAUUCUUGAUGGACUUCGCGAUCUAGCCUUGUCUCUUGAAACCCCGCAGGAUACGAUGCAAAGGAUUUCGUAUCUGCAUCUUCAACCUGCCUUGGUUCGAGUCGGUCUGGACUUGAACAUCUUCAAAACCCUCGCCGAAAGUGAUCACCCGCUCAAUUUAGAUGAACUGGCUACCAAGGCAAAUGCAGCACCGACGCUUUUAGAUCAAGCGACCAUUAUAAACUCGUGGCAAAGUUUGAAGCGAAUUGCUAAUAUUGAGCUAAAAGCCCGCGUUUUACGCUAUCUCGCGUCGGUCGGCACAAUCAAGGAGACUGGAGACAACACAUUCACCGGUAAUAAUAUUACUAGAUCUCUGAGUGACGAAGGUAUCGCUAGCGCCAUAUACCAUAACGUGAACAUCAUUGCUCCUCCAAUCUUCGCUCUUCCCGACUUUUUGGUGAAGAACAAAUAUCAAGACAUUACAAGUUCGGUCAACACACCUUUACAACAGGCUUUCAACACCGAUCAACCGGCAUUUGUCUGGGCCCAGACAAAACCGGACCUCUUUGUUCAUUUUAACAAGUUCAUGGAGGCAGAACAACGUGGAAUGCGUCGAUGGUUCGAUGUAUUUCCGAUCGAAGAAAAAUCCAAGGACCUGAGCCCGGACCAGGCCUUAUUUGUGGACGUUGGAGGAAAUAUCGGACAUCAAAGCCUGGCUCUGAAAAAGCGACUGCCCGACAUAAAAAAUGACAUAAUCGUGGAGGAUAUGGAAAUAGUUAUCUCGUGCGUUAUACCAUGCGAAGGCGUGAAAACUGUCGUGUUUGACUUCUUCCAGCCCCAAGUAGUCCGAGGAGCUCGAUUCUACUACUUCCGCAGUAUUCUGCAUGAUUGGGCCGAUGAGAAAGCAUUGAUAAUAUUGAAGAAUACCAUUUCUGCACUGGGACCCGACUCCGCCAUUCUUAUUGACGAAAUGGUUCUGCCGAAUUCUGGGGUCCAUUGGCAUGCAACACAAGUCGAUAUGGCUAUGAUGUCCUCGCUCGCGUCAUUGGAACGGACUACUAAACAAUGGCACAGCCUCUUGGAAAGGGCGGGUCUCAAGAUUGUGGAGAUACACACAUACUCCGCUCGUUAUAACUCUAUAUUGGAAUGUGUGCCAGUAUAG